AUUUCGGUACAGUUAAAAGUGUGGUUUUAAAUUUUUACGUUAUGGAGGAUAAAAUUAUUAAAGAUAUGUUCGGAAAAUUGAAGAAUUGUGAAGAUAUAUUAGGCAUUCUUAAAGAAAAACGUGUAUCUUGGUUAGACUAUUUGGCACAGGUAAAAAUCGCAAACGAAGUUCAACAGCCAAUCAAAAAGGUUGAAAUUGAUGAAAGGACUGCAGGUCAGUCAAAACUUAACGUAGCUGUAAUCAGAGAUGCGUGUUAUAGUGGAAAUAGCAAUGGAGAAAUAUCCUCUGAAUUUGGUCAUUUUGGGAAGCGCCGACGACUACUUGAGGCAAAUUAUAAUUCUUCCAAAUCCAUUACUUACAUCUGCAGUAAGCAUUACAGGAGAUGUCCAAAAUGCUUUAAAAAGAUAAGACGUUAUCCUAUGAAGGAGACAUUAUUUGUAAAAAGUUCAAGAGUCUCUUCGGUGUUGCAACUGUCUAGUCGUAGCACAUUUUUAAAGCAGACUGAUACGGUUAGGUCCAGAAAAGCAAAGCACAUUGCACGGUGCAGGCACAAUAAAAAAUCAAAAGCAUGUGGAAGAAGAAAUGCAAGUAAUCCACGCUCUCAUUGUGCAAACAAUAAAAUUUGGACCCCAGAUGACACAGUUUUAGAUCGUUGCAAUAAAAAGAAGAAGCGUAAACCAAAACGUGCUCGUUGCGGAAAAAGGGUAAAACCUUCUUGUAAACGUCAAAAACUCUCAAAGCGCGCACUUCAGUCAUACAUUAGAAAUGCCGCCCGUGCCGGUGGAUACGGGUACCGAUUCGGAGAAGGAGAAAUAAAUUGCAUGGUUAAGAAAGCACCUGACGAAUCUGACCGUGAUUUGGUAAAUAAAGAAUGUAAGGCUAUGAAAAAAGUUCAAGGUUCCAAGAGGAAAAUCAUGAACAAAGCUAUUAAUCAAAAGAAAAAGAAAUGUUAGGUUAUCCACUAGGGCUGUGAGAGCGUAAAUUCCAAUUUUGAAUGUCGAAUUUAUUUGGAAGCUAGAAUUAGUAUUUUGGUGGACUAUUUCCCAACUUUUUAAUAUCUAAAUUUACUUGUUAUAUACUUUGUUUCAAAAAAAUAAUUAUGCAUCCAUAUAAAAAUACUA